UCUCGCCUUUGAAACAAUCUUGGAACACAGCAAGUAUGCUGUUUCCUGCAAGGCGACUUCCAUCCACGCCCUUGUGCUAGCCAACAAUGAGAAUUCUCUGAACGCUAACAGCGUAGCAAACGAUGAUGAUGACGAUUACCAGAAGAGCAUAGUUGCUCACCCCUUGGAGAACAACAAGAAACAUGCCCAGAUUCAUAACGUCGUUCACAAUACAAUGGCCAUGAUAAAUCCAGCUAAGCAGAACCACUCCAGUCACCAUCACCAUCAUCAUGCCAAAGAGCUUGAAGAUCCAUCUACCAAGGCCUACAUGAAAGCCAUGGCGGCAAGAGCAUUGUGGUACCC